ACGGGCGAGAGAGGGAGAUGGAGAGAAAUGAGGUCUGAAAAGGACCAGAUGACCGCGGGCAAGGAGAAAAGCGUCGUGGAGAUACAGUUCAGAGACGUCCCGAGGGAGCAGGAGAAUAUUCCCGGUAACCUGAAGCAGAAAGAAGAGAAGAAAGAGGUUUUCACUAAGGUGGUGAUCCGAAGGCUUCCACCUAACCUGUCAAAGGAGCAGCUGGAGGAGCAGCUCAGUCCGCUCCCAUCCUAUGACUAUUUUGAGUUCUUUCCGGCCGAUCAAAGUCUUUACCCCCACCUGUUCUCCAGAGCGUAUGUCAAUUUCAAAAACCCUGAAGAUAUCCUCCUGUUCAGGGACCGAUUUGAUGGCUACGUCUUCAUCGACAACAAGGGCCAAGAGUAUCCUGCUGUGGUGGAGUUUGCCCCCUUCCAGAAAAUCUCCAAGAAGAAGCUGAAAAAGAAAGAUGCCAAAGCCGGGAGCAUUGAAGAAGACCCAGAGUACAAGCGGUUCUUGGAGAAUUACUCCUGUGAUGAGGAGAAGUCUAUGGCCAACCCGGAGACUCUGCUGGGAGAGAUAGAGGCCAAGACCAGGGAGCUCAUAGCCAAACGGACAACGCCACUGUUGGAGUACAUCAAAAAUAAGAAAAUCGAGAAACAGAGAAUAAGAGAGGAGAAGAGGGAGGAGAGGAGAAGGAGAGAGCUGGAAAAGAAACGACAAAGGGAGGAGGAGAAGAGGAAGCGGCGGGAGGAGGAGAGACGCAAACGGAAGGAGGCGGAGAAGCAGAGGAAAUUGUCCGAUAAAGACAUCAAAAUCAAGCUCCUGAAGAAGAGCGACAGGGACGACGAUGUGGAUUCAGACCGAAUGAAGGACAAAAGUGACGUCGGGGAGAUGGACAGAUGCAAAUGGGAGAAAGUUGGAGGACAAACGAAGUCCAAGGACCCCAAAGAAAAGGGUCAGCCUGAGAGCGACAAGGAGCAGAGAGAGCAGCACGGCCGCAGACAGAGAGAUAAGGAUCACCGGGGGAAGGACGAGGAGAGGAAACGGCAGCGGCACCACUACGAGUUUGACAAGUUCAUGCGGCGCAAAGACGAGACCAAAUGGGGGAAGGGCUACUGCCAGGACCGAGCCAAGAAAGAGGGGCACCAUCAUGGCUAUUCCUACUGCCCCGACGGGGGAGACAAACUGGGAAAGGAGGACAGGGAGGACCUGGGUAACAGGAAGGAACGCCUCCGAAACAAGGUGAGCGAGAAGGACCGUCCAGCCAUGCAGCUCUAUCAGCCCGGCGCACGCAACAGGAAGCGCAUGAGCUCAGCUGGCAAAGGCUACGACUGCAUCCCUGUAGGCCACUCCCCUGAACCCGGGACGGAGCACUGCUAUGAGGCGGUCGCUAUGGCAACGGGCCUGGAGAAGGGGUUUGAGAAAAGCAAAGAUGAACAGUGAGCAGUCUGGAUGUUUAUAAUACAAAACAAUAGAAAUAGCCUAUUCAGCUGAUGGUGGCAGAUUUGACAGGUUAUCAUUGAGCUUUUAAAUAUAAUAUACUCCAUUGAGGGAGAAAUGCACUUCAAAAGCAAACAAAUCUUUUAAUCGUUUGCAUCUCUUUUAGGUGUAACAGACAACAAAGCUGUGAAUGUUGGUCAAGGUUUUAGUUUUGCUGGAGCAUGAACAUUUUAAGUACUCACUAAAUAUUUUGUCUCACUGUUUAGUGUUCAAAGAAUCCUUGGAAUGAACCAUGUGAAAAAUACUAAGAACAGGGUCGAACUAAAAAAGUGCACUCAGUUGAGUGCAGAUCUCGACCUGGUGCUUCUGCACCGACCAGUGCUUGUUGAAUGAAAAACCACACUUGCUCCCCGUCUUAACCCCUGAGCGAUUCAGACACGUUUUUCACUCGCAUGUAUCACGCAACAGAUAGGCUCUUAUUUUAAUCCAGACAGCUGUCUGCACCGGCUCGGUGCAGCUGAACUGUCGUUUACUGUGUAACGCUUCAUGAUGACUGUUUAAAGCUUCCUCUGAACUGACACUCAGUCAGUCCUGCUGUGUGUUUAGUUCUGUAGCUGCUAGCUCUGUUAGCCAAACACAGUAGAGGACUCCCACCGGCUGCUAACAGGUAAAUAGCUCCCCUGCUACCAACAGAAGAAGACAUGCUCCGUAGUAGUCAGAGCUCAUACAUACAUACAUACAUACAUGCAUGCAGUACAUACAUGCAGUACAUACAUGCAGUAGAUACCUACAUGUAUACAUGCAGUGCAUACCUACAUGUAUACAUGCAGUACAUGUAUACAUACAGUACAUACAGUACAUACAUAAACAGAAAACUAAAUCACUGCAACCACGAGAGGUCCUUAGGCAUAAAUGAGCACAACAAACAUUAGGCUAAUAGAUCCAGCAGUACGCAAGAUUAGCCGUGGACAGACACAGAGAUGCUCACUCACGCAUGCACACACCACCCAAUACAUAGUCUCCUGGCGGAUAUAAUAAUGAUAGUUACCUUAAUGAUAGCACAACCAGUCGGUGUCAGACAGUCCAGUAUCCUUCCUUUUGGUCAUCUGAAGUGUGUCCCUGUAAGAGGCAGCUCUCCUGUCGUAUCCGUCAUCGAUUGUCUGGUGAAACCAUGACCUCACCCUCUGCAACAGAUCUUGUUACCAAGGCUUUGUAGACUCCCCUGAACCUGGAUGUUUUAAAUAAUCCUAUAUUUUAUCAAAAUGAUAUAUAAUGUAAGUAGAACUUACAAACAAUGGAUGUAAAAAAUUUCACAGAUGAAAUCCUGUGUGUAUUUUUGUGUGUAGUGGGGAUAAGAGUUAUUAUUGAUAAAAAAAGAACAAUGUUUUUCCGCUUUUUCCUCAUUUUGUAUUCCACCAUAUUCUGCGGUGUCAUCCAACAGAGAUUGUUUUGUGAGCAAAGCUUUGUACAUAACCACCCAUGAGCCAGGAAGAACACAUUCUCUACGUAUAUAUAAAGCAUUUCCUAGAAAUAAAAUGUAAAGUUGCAAAGUAUGACACAGAUAAAUGGAAACAAUUUGUUUUCUAUAAUGUGUGCAUUGUUUUCUAUCAAUACUGUCAAUUCAUAAUAAAUCAAAACGGCCACAAGUAUUGAUACAGUAAUAUGUCUGUUGAAUAAGCCUAAUAUUGUUUUUGCACACCAGCUGACAUUUGUCUAUCAUACCUCUUGUAUCAUUCUUUUUUUUUUUUCUUUCUUGAAGUUGUGAGAAAAUAAAGUUCUUGUACCGUUAUAAGACUCUAAA